GUAGAAUUUCCUCGCGUUUUAGACGCUGACUACAGUUCUGGGUGCAUCGACGGGACAACCGAGAAAGCUGCACGAUGGCAACUGUGGUUGUGACUCCAGACUCUUUGGGUGAAAAAAUCAGCCGUUUUCAGUUGACGGCUUGGCUCAACAAGCUCCUGAAGACCAGCUUCACAGAAGUACAGCAGCUGGGUUCAGGUGCGUGUCACUGUCAGCUCAUGGACUGGAUCAUCCCUGGCUCCAUUGACAUGAGCAAGGUGAAGUUUGAUGCACAAAGUGAAGAUGACUGUAAAUACAACUUUGACCUUCUCCGUGAGGCCUUAAGUAAGAAUGGUGUAACUAAGACCUUUCCAGUUGAGGAGUUGGCAAGAGGAGAUUUUAAAAGUAAUUUUGAACUUAUGAAGUGGUUCAAAGCAUUCUACACAGCCAAUGUGAAAAGUGAGGACUAUGAUGCUGUGAAAGCGCGGAAAAACCAGGAAGUCCGGCCUAUUGUGGCAUCUCCCAUAUUAAAUAACUCUAAAUUGGGAGCAGAGAUGAAAGACGGCAACACUAUAAGUCAACAGUCUUACCCUUACAAUGAAAAGUGGAAGGAAAUUUUUGAGUGGGUUGAUCGCAGCCCUCUGGGAGAGCUCUACACCUAUUGUCGUCUUUGUGACAAAAAUCUAAAGACAUUUCAUCAAGGCCAUUGUGACCUCAAGCGACACAUGGAAGGAAACAAACAUAAGAAAAGGGCCAGGUUGGCUGAGCACAUGGACCUGGAAAGUCUGAACACUGAAACACUUCCAUGUAGUGAUGCUGCAAUCCAAUUUAUUCACAAACAAUGUUCCUCUGGUUCUGUAGGUGGUGCUCAGGGGUCUCGUAAUUAUGUACGUCAUAAACUGGGAUCACACUAUCCAAAUGAUAUUAUAUCUGUUUGCCAGCACACUCCAUAUUGUGUUUACAUUUACGGAGGGGUGACACUCAGAGAAAGUGCGACUAUCUCUGUCAUCCUUGUUGGGUUUUUUGAUGUUGAUGACUCCAAGUACUCAAUACGAUUUCUGGAUGCGCUUCAAGUUCCAGAUGAUCAAAGUGCAUCAUCAGUGGUGGAGACCUUGAAGAAAUUUGGCUUUUCCACGGCUAAUCUUGCGACUCUUUACAUGGAUGGUAAUGUUGCAGCAGCUGAGCAAAUCUGCUCACAGCUCCAGGAGCUCAACCCAAACUUGAUAUCGUUAGGAAGGCUCUUUAACAUGCCGGAUGCAGCUUGCCAUGCUGGACUGAAGGAGCUCUCCAGUCAGGUUCAAGAGAUGAUUGAUGAUAUCCAUGCCUAUUAUACCUCUGGCUCUAUCAAGGAUGAGAAGCUCAAAGCUCUUUUUGGGUCUGAUAACAAUGUGAAAACUCCAUCGUUUCAUCUCAACAUCAGCUGUCUUCAUUUUUGCCAGUUUGUCACAAAAAUCUUAGAAAUGUGGGAAGAUCUCAUAUCAUACUUUGGGUCUUGUGACAAAGACGAUGACAAAGCCAAGUCAAUCUGCUCCCACCUACAAGAACCCAAAAUCAAGGCAACAUUUAUGUUCCUGGAUCAUGCCAUGAAGCCUCUGCAUGCUUUCCAGAGGCGUCUGCAGACACAUGAGGGAGCUGCCCGAACUGACUUGCUCCUUAUAUUAGAAGAUGCAAGUAACCUGCUAGAGACUUACACUGCCUUCUUUCUUAACCGUCAGGCUGUUUCACGUUUCCUUAGGGAGCAUAACAGCCAAAUCCUCAAGAACAAGAAAUUCCACCUGUUGAGAACUGAGCUCAGUCUGGGUGGAGCAGCGGUAGAAGACUUUCUGAAAGAGUCUGAUGCUAAAGAAGCACUGAAACAUCUACAAGAUGAGGCGCUGUCCUUUUACAUUGCACUCACGGGUAGCAUUGCAGAGAAGCUGCCUCUCAAUGAUGAAGUCCUGAGGACCAUCUCACAAUUACUCAACCCCAGGACUAAGACAGAAGUGACGGAAAAAGCUGUGGGGGAACUUGGAACUAAAUUAGGAAUCUGUAGCUCCUCUGAGGAGGUUGACCAGCUUGUCAGGGAGUUCCAAGAGUAUCAGCUGACCAAGGAGGGGCCAGAUGCAGAGAUUGAAAAGGAUAACUCUGUGGUUUUGCUGGAGAAGCACUGGGGCAAUGUAAUGAAAUAUGCCAAGGCAACAUCAAUCUUCAGGAAGCUUGCGUUGACCUUACUGUCUCUACCCUGUCCACCACUUGAGGCGCAACAGGUUUUUAAUCAGGCCUUGAAGAAUGGAGAUAUCACACUGUUCUCUGACAGUGAAAGACUGGCAGAGAGUGAGACAGAUGGCACCUUCGAAAGCUCUCUCUCUGAUAGCACCAGCAAAAAGGAUUACCCAGUCCAGAAUGGCAGAAUGAAGAAGAAGAAUUCUUCAGAUGACAUAUACCUUAAUAUGAGAGUAAAGCCAUGUGCAGUCUACCUUAAAAAGAUAAAUGAUCCAAACGAGUGGAAAUCUGGGAAAGAGGAGUUUGUUCGAGGAAGUUCUGGCUGGGAGAUCAGCUUGCGACAGAAGCCACAGGCCCGUACUGUGUUCCAGGCUGGUGCUAACACCUGGAGCAAACCUGUAGAGCUUCAUUUGGACAGAAAAAAAACUCUGGACUCUGAAGAUGAGGUGGACAAAGAAGCGUCACUAUCCCAUAAAACCACACCAAGAAGAAGAAGACAGAACCAAGCGUACCAGGAUGGAAAAGGGUUUUUGACUGGAGAGUUGGUGUGGGGAAAAGUGAAAGGCUUUUCCUGGUGGCCAGGAAUGGUGAUGCCUUGGAAAACCAAGUCAGCUCCCGUGGGUAUGCGGAGGGUGGAGUGGUUUGGAGACGGGAUGUUCUCAGAGAGCUAUACAGAGGGUUUGUUGCCAUUUAGUGCCUUUGCUCGGUGCUUCUGCAAAAAUUCCUAUGCCAGCCUGCCUACCUAUAAGGAAGCCAUCUACCAGAUUAUUGAGUUGGCCAGUGAGCGAUGUGGGAAGUCUUUUACCGAGGCAGAAGGAAACAGAGAAAAGGAGCUGAUGAUGAUGCUGGACUGGGCUUUUGGAGGAUUUCUGCCUUUAGGACCUGAUGGAUUCUUGCCUCCUGAAUCUGCAGCCAAUCUUGAUUCUGACUCGGUCCUGUCUGACUACCAGCCGCCAGCAAAAAGGAAAUAUGUUUAUAAAAAUAAGGCAAACGCAGUUAACGUCACCUACAGUAGAGAAUCCAUGAUAGAAACCAUCAACAAGAAAGGACAAACAAUUGAAGAGUUUUGUUUGUCUUGUGGAAUGUCAGAGAUUGUGGUGCAGCACCCGCUGUUUGAAGGGGGUCUGUGUGUUAAAUGCAAGGACAACUUCACAGAGACCCUGUAUCGCUAUGAUGAAGAUGGUUACCAGUCGUACUGCACUGUGUGCUGUGCAGGCACAGAGGUCAUUCUGUGUGGCAACGACAGCUGCUGCAGAUGUUUCUGUAAGGACUGUCUGGACAUUCUGGUGGGUUCAGGAACUUUUGACGAACUGAAAGAUAUCGAUCCCUGGAGCUGCUACAUGUGCAACCCCACAAAUUGUGAUGGACAACUCAAACUGAGGCCAGACUGGAGCAAGAAGGUGCAGGAGUUCUUUGCCAACAACAGUGCCAUGGAAUUUGAGCCUCACAGAGUUUACCCGUCCAUCCCCGCCCCCAAACGCAGACCAAUGAAGGUGCUUUCACUCUUUGAUGGCAUUGCAACAGGUUACCUGGUGCUCAAAGACCUAGGCUUUAAGAUCAAGCGCUACAUUGCUUCAGAGAUAUGUGAGGAUUCCAUCGCUGUGGGGAUGAUCAAGCAUGAGGGAAAGAUUGAAUAUGUCAAUGAUGUUCGGACUAUCACCAGGAAGCACUUAGCUGAAUGGGGUCCAUUUGACCUUCUGAUUGGAGGAAGCCCGUGUAACGACCUGUCCAUGGUCAAUCCUGCUCGAAAAGGAUUAUUCGAGGGCACUGGAAGGCUCUUUUUUGAGUUCUACCGCAUAUUGACCUUGCUGAAGCCGAGGGAGGAUGACAAUCGUCCGUUCUUCUGGCUGUUUGAGAAUGUUGUUUUCAUGAGCGCCCACGACAAAUCGGAUAUCUGCAGAUUCCUGGAGUGUAAUCCCAUUCUUAUUGAUGCGAUAAAGGUCAGUCCUGCACAUAGAGCUCGCUACUUUUGGGGCAACAUCCCUGGCAUGAACAGGCCUCUGGCAACAUCAUUUGAUGACAAAGUGUCCCUUCAGGACUGCUUGGAAGUCGGCCGCAUGGCGAAGUUUGAAAAAGUCCGAACCAUUACAACAAAGUCUAACUCCAUAAGGCAAGGAAAGAUGGGACCACUGCCCGUCCUCAUGAACGGCAAAGACGAUUACCUGUGGUCCACUGAAAUGGAACAGAUCUUUGGUUUCCCCAAACACUACACAGACGUAAACAACAUGGGACGAGGCCAAAGGCAGAAGGUUCUGGGUCGCUCCUGGAGUGUCCCUGUUAUACGUCACCUCUUCGCCCCGCUGAAGGAUUAUUUUGAAUGUGAAAAAUAAGAGUGAAGCGGCGGCUCUAAGAGUAGCAGGAAGCGGCGCCCCGGAGUUUACAACUCAUUCAGUUUCUCUUUGUGAACUGUUUACACAAGACUGAUUUCAGUCCUGUUUCAAACCUUCCCAGGCGGCAUCGACACAUCGCCGUUUUCGGAAGAGAGAUGGUUUUUAACUGUGACGGUGCAGUGAGCAGACGACAGCUCAGAACAGGUGUCUACCUCAUCACUGAAAACCUGCAGUUAGACUUUUCUAUUCUCUAUUUAAUUUACAAAUACACGCAAUACACAAUUACUGUUUAUUAUGUUGACUUUUACAAUUUUUAGAUUUUACUAUUUUGUAGUUACAUUGUCAGAGGUUUUGUCUAUUUUAAUCAUGUUCUUCAUUAAUCAUGUUUGUUUUUAUUUUAACUGCAGAGUGACAUGUACAAAAAAUAAGAGACAAGCCCAUUUUUACUGUGGUUUUAGUACUUUUUAAUGCAAAUGACAUAAUAUCACUUUGAUGCACUGGUGAUUUUGUUCAGAAUUACCUCAUGAUUUCUUUUCUUUUUUUAAUAUAAAGCCAAAAUAUUUUGUGUCUGGUAUUAAAGGUACAUUUCUGUGACUGUUAACAAAACAACAGUCUUGAAAAUUGUCUUGAAGUUACACUGCGUGGUGCUAUGACAGUACUGCAGGAGUUGGAGUAAGAACAUUACCGUCAACAAGAAGUACAUUAAGGAUUUGUGUUGGUGCUUUUUGCAUGUUUUGUCCCUUUAAUCUACAGUUGAGACAGAAGAAUGUAAACUUGGAUGCAGUUACUUUCCCAUUCUAAAUUCAGCCCACAAAAGUCAGUUUUCAAACUGUCACAUU